AAGCAUCCUAUUAAAGAAAAUAAUCAAUCACCGACCAGAGGUACAAAUUCUUCCUCUGGACCAAGAUAAGCAAUAAUUUAAUCUACAUAUUUUCCAUUUUUCUUAUUAAGGAUUGUAGUGGUCAGCGUUGUUUAUCAGUAGUAAGGGGAACUUGAAACCGCUUCCUGCCCCAUUUCCUUGGUUGUUUUGCUUUUUUCGCCUGUAUUCUCCAUGUUGGAGCAAUAGCUAGGGCUCUCAUAGUGUUUUCUAGUUAUUAGAUGGGACGGGAGCGUUAAACUAAUAAACUUUAUGUUAAAUGCAUAUAGCAAAUCGGGAAGAUUGGACUGAAAAAAAUAGCGGUUGAUAACUAUAAUCGCUACUACAGGAAAAGAAGGAAGCCGUUUUAUCGGAAUAUUUUCGAUUAUCAACGGCUUGGUAAACGCGAUUGCUAACCAGCUAGCUGAAUGUUGAAAGUCGCUACCUUCGAAUUGGGGGAACGGAUUGGACUUUGAGGGGCUGUGCAUUUGUUAGAUGGAAAGUUCUAUUAUUACUCAAGUGCAGAAAGAAGAUAGUCAACUGCCGUCCAAAACAGGCCAGGUGAAACAAUCUUCCCCAAAGAAGCCUCGGAGCCGGAAUAUCUUCAAAGCCCUCUUCUGUUGCCUCCGAGCACAGGAUGCACCUCAGGCUCCACCCCCUUCCCAGGAUACCCUUCUCACUCCUGAGGACAAUGGGACGGUUGCCAAGGUUCCAGGGACCAGUUUACUGCCUGAGGUAACCCCUCAGGACGCGGGCAAGAUCUGUGUGGUCAUUGACCUGGACGAGACGCUGGUGCACAGUUCCUUCAAGCCAAUCAGUAAUGCUGACUUCAUUGUACCUGUGGAGAUUGAAGGAACAACGCACCAGGUUUACGUCCUGAAGAGGCCUCAUGUAGAUGAGUUCCUCCAGAGGAUGGGAGAGCUGUUCGAGUGUGUUCUCUUCACUGCUAGUCUCGCCAAGUAUGCCGACCCAGUGACCGACCUGCUUGACAAGUGCGGGGUGUUCCAGACGCGUCUUUUCCGGGAGUCCUGUGUGUUUCACCAGGGCUGCUACGUCAAGGACCUGAGCCGCCUGGGCCGCCAGCUCAACAGGACCCUCAUCCUGGACAACUCCCCUGCCUCCUACAUCUUCCACCCUGAGAACGCUGUGCCUGUGGUGUCCUGGUUUGACGACCUGGAGGACACUGAGCUGCUGAGCCUCCUGCCCAUCUUUGAGGAGCUGAGUGAGGCGCAGGACGUCUAUGACAAACUGCAGCAACUGCGAGCCCCUUGACACGACCCGCCCCACGCACGCGCCCACCGACUAGUCAGAACCUCCCAUCUCAGCCAGAUUACACCCGUCUCAGCCAGAGAAAAGCCCAAACCGUACAUACACAAACACACUCACUGCGUGCUGUGUUGUUACUCUAGACACACACUUGGUCAUGUGUUUAGUGUUUGGCCUCUGAUCUGGAUGGCUGUCCACAACUCCUCCUGUCCUCCCCAGCGGGUUAGCUGGUGCUGCCAAACUGCUGUUCCGGAAACAAUCCUACAGACUCAAUGCAAAGAGGCUCCCUUUUUUUCUGAUGUUAAAUCGGGACUCAUACACCUGCUUGUAUUCCAAUCAUUGAAAUCAAUGGGCCAAGUCUUUAUUUUAUUUUUUUCAGAAACAAGACUUUGAUUUUCUAGCACUAAUUGUGACGCAAAACAAUGGACUCUUCUCUACACACCUUUCUGCUUUGACAAUAAUCUCAAUACAAACAUUUUGACAGGGGACUUUAUAGUAUUGCAAGGAAACUGCAAAAUACACCAUGGUUAAUUUUUACAUUUAUUAUUGCAGCAGCCUGUGAAAAGGCUGUUUUUAAGGACAUCUCUCUCCUGAAUGGAUUCACUUUAGAAGCUGAACAGGCGGUCUCUCUGGUCCAAGGCCUGCAUUACGUCACUAAACGUGACUUUACCAUACAUAAGAUGACUUCAUAAUAUUACAUGACCUCUUUUUUUGACCAGACCUUACAUGGGGAGCAAGGGAUCUCCGUCUUUGUGCCUUCUGAAUAUGAAAAAGAAAUUAAAUCAGUUUUGUUUUUAAAGAAAAUGCUUUCUUCCUUGCAGAAAAUGGUUGUUCUUUUUCAAUCGUUAGGUUUUCUAUACAUUUUUAAGAUGUCUUUUAAAUGUUCAGUGUGUUGGUUAGAAGUGCAGAUGUCUUUUGUAAUGUCUCGGAUGUUGAGGAAGAACAGCCAUACAUUAACAAGCCUCCGUGUGUAUGUUGUAUCUACAUGAAAUCCUCCAUUCUUGUUCGCUGAAGAUUACCUCAUCCUCGGCCAAUAGGGACCAUUACAAUCCAAGGGUCACGCCCAUCAUGUACAGGCGGUGCAAACCCGCCCUUUGGAUGCUCACUCGCUCCGAGGUGUGUCCUGUACAGGACAAUUAAGCCGAUUAACCUCAACUUUUGGCACCUGCUUUAAAAAAAAAGCUCUUUAAAUGAACAGGCAGAUUUCGACUAGUUCUCUUCCAAAUUUGGAGUGAUUCUCUGCUGGUGUUUGAUCUGCAAAGGAUGCCAUAGUGGAUAAACUGAGGCCUUGUUUAAAAAUUAGUUAAAUUUUGUUAAAAUUUUUUGUCAAGCCUUCUGGAUGCCAUAUUGUUUGUUGGCUGGGGAGGGGGGGGACUUUGGAUAAGUAGGCUGCUAAUAUUGAAGACCACGCACGCCCGUUUACCCAUCUGCCCAUCGCGUUUUCUCCAUACUUUGCCAAGUCGUUGCCACUUAAGUUGUAUUAUUUUUAAAAAUAUAUCGUAUUUUAGGUGACAUUUCAUUGUAUAAAGAAAAUGGCAUUACUAAGACGUACAAGUAUGUCUGGUGAAUUCUGUGUUAUUACCUGUUGUGGAAGGUCUACAGUACUCACUGCCAUGUUUCAGGUGCUGUACACAUGGAAAGGCAGCAGUUCUGCAGUGGCAAAUGCUGGAUUAAUUUAGCCAGAUGUUCUGCUGCUCUAGUUGUAACUGCAAGCACAGACAAAACAUGCCCAGUCCAGUCACCGCAUCCCAAAGAGGUUUGUUUUGUUGUUAUUUUAUUCAAAAGAUAAAAAGCGCCUUUUCAUACUAAUACACUUUAUGAAGUGCCUACGGUUUUCUCUGCGAUGGAAGCUUUGGGGUAAAGGCACCAAGGGGCUCCAUCAUGCCCAUUUCUUUCUUUUCAAAAUGCUGUAACUAUUAACCUGUUUCCUGUGUUUGGCUGAAUUGAGAGUAAUCCAUAAAAAAGGUCUUUACCAAGCAAUCCUACUCCGCUUUUUCCUUGGGAUUCACCAAAAGGGCAGUGUGUAAUGGUGUGUAUCCCACACCCAUACAGAAUGGUGUAGGUCUCUGUUCACUCAGUCUC